AUGGACAGCUCCCGCCAACCGAGCUCCAUCCCGCCCGCCAACCCUCCCAGCGUGGAAAUCGCCUACAAACGCAAGUGCAUUGCCCUCAAGAAGCGUCUUGCCGAAGUCGAAGCAGAAAAUGAGCUCAUGCGCACUCGUAACCGCCGCAGCACCCAAUACAUCCACAAAAUGCGCCUGGAGACCUGCAUGCUGCUCGAGCGUCUCACCAAGGUCACCGGCAUGGCUGACGAGGCCAAGACCGGUGCCGCGAACCCCGAGCUGCGUGCUCGUGCUGCAGCAAUGAUGACCCCGGCUGGUCAGGGAGGUGGCGCACAUCUGGAGGAUGAUACCGAGGGUAGCUCUGAUGAGCAACCCCGCACACCCGAGGAACGUCCGCUGCGCGUCAAGCGCUCGCGCAAGUCUGCCGCUCCCGGCCUCGACGGUGAAGAUGAUCUUCCCCACGACGGACACCAUGAAUCGGCCGACCCCUCAGGCGCUGCUUUGCCUCGCCUUGCUCCCGCUCCUACCCAGGAAUCGCUUACUCACUCCUUCCGCGUACAGACGGGUAGCGGGGGUUCUGCUGAUCAAACUCCUGUGGGUGAUGUUGCGGAGGCUGGCCACGAGGCUGGGACUACGCCGAUGGAUAUGGACAAGGAGGAGGUGAAGCAGGAGACCAAGGUUGAGCAGCCUUAG